CUAGUGUCCAAACCGCGCUACUUGUGGUUUGCAUAUCCUGUUUCUGUGACUCAGAGGACGAUGGCUAUCGGCAGAGGAGGUUAGCUGACCACAGAUGCUCUGACAGCUGGACGAAACGAAGACAAGCAUAAAAAGUCUAAUAUCCAAUAAUGGACGGGUUUGCAGGGGACAUGCUGAGCAGUGGCCGGGCCCUGCUCGAUGAGGACAGCUCGGUGAUGGCUCGCAUGCAAAAGAAGUUCUGGAAAACGAAGCAGGUGCUCAUUAAAGCUACUGGAAAGAAGGAGGAUGAGUAUGUGGUGGCUUCAGAUGCUGACUUGGAUGCCAAGCUUGAGUUCUUCCGCUCAGUUCAGUCCACAUGCACAGAGUUGUUGAAGGUGAUUGAAAAGUACCAACAGAGGAUCACACGUUUGUCCCAGGAGGAGAACGAGCUUGGUCUCUUCCUGCGUUUCCAGGCUGAACAUGAUCGUACAAAAGCUGGGAAUAUGAUGGAUGCCACCAGCAAGGCACUAUGCACGUCGGCGAAGCAGAGGAUGGCACUUUGUCCACCGCUACACCGUCUGCACCAGGAAGUGGAGACGUUCAGGCGGCGUGCCAUUGCAGACACUCUCCUUACCAUCAGUCGAAUGGAGAAGGCUCGCACAGAGUACAGAGGAGCUCUGCUUUGGAUGAAAGAUGUCUCCCAAGAACUGGACCCAGACACCUACAAGCAGCUGGAGAAGUUCCGCAAGGUCCAGGCCCAGGUCAGAGGGACAAAGGGCCAGUUUGAGAAGCUGAAGAACGACGUGUGUCAGAAGGUGGACAUGCUCGGAGCCAGUCGCUGCAACAUGCUGUCCCAUUCCCUCUGCACGUACCAGACUACUCUACUCCAGUUCUGGGAGAAGACAGCGCACGCCAUGUCAGAAAUCCAUGAGGCCUUCCGAGGACAUGUACCGUACCAGUUCACAACACUCAAGGACUUAAGAGACCCACUGGACCAGAUUGCAGAGACACAGAAACAAGAAGACAAGGAGGAGGAGAGUCUACAGAACAACACAGACAGCUAUGUUCUCAUUCAACUUGAGGCCAAUGCCGUGUCUGUGUUCACUCACAACCUGGUGUCCUUGGAUGAUGACAAGCCACCAGGAAGUGCCUCGAAUGCAGAGCCUGCCCUCAGCGGGGACAGACUGAGCCAGUUAAGUGACAGUGACUCCUUCCAUUCCACCACACCUACACCUGCUCUACAUGAAAUAAGCGGACUGUCAGCAGAUGACGACCUGAUGCUCAUGGCCUGUGAUCUGCCACAGCCUCAGCGCCCCACCCCUGUAAAUGCCCCCCUCCAGCCUCAGCUCCUGCCUGCUCCCCAGGGUGCAGACCCAGAGCAGCCCUGGUGGGACUUUGGAUCAGCCCAGGCCAGCCAAUCACAGCUGCCCGCUGCCACUGAUCCAUCCUACCCGGCUGCGUCAGGGCUGAGACAAGAGGAAGACGACGGGGAGCGAGGGGACAUGGCUUUUCUCAAAGACCUCCUCAGCCCCGGUCCAGGGGCUUUGGAUGAAUUUAGCAGAGAGUGGCAGGAUGCUUUUGGGCUCACUGAACCGCCCAGUGGUCCUCCUCCGACCUCAGGUGCUGCAAGUGGCGGCGGUGGACCAGUGGCGGCAGCCCGCCAACUUUCCAACCCCCCGAGCCCCACAGGCUUCCUGCCUUCCCAGCUGCUGGAUCACAGUCUAAGCUCUACAGGCUGGGCAACUCCCCCUAUGUUUCAGGCUCCACCCAUGCAGCCUCCUGCUUCAGGCCAGAACCAAUCAACUCAUCUGCCUCCAACUGCAGCAAGCAACCCUGCACCGGGUGGAUCCAGAGACAUGUCGGCCUGGUUCAACCUGUUUGCAGACUUGGACCCUCUGUCCAACCCAGACGCCAUUGGCCGCUCUGCAGAUGAACUGCUCAAUGCCUGAAGCUCUGAGUGUGUGUGUCUGUGUGUGUGUGUGCGCAGCAGGAAAGAAAUUGCUUUCCAUCCAGUAAAAACAUAUUAACAGUGAACAACAUAAUUACUGAUGCAGACACUCAUGCACUAGGAGAUAUGUGAAUGUAUCUGCAAAUAUAGAAGACAUCAUGUUACAAGAAAGAAGAGCUGAUAGAAACACAGUAAGUUAAGAAUCAUUAAACACUCGCUCUAAACAAAUGACUGUUAAUUCUGCACAUGAAGCCACUGCGUCAUAUGCACACUGCAGGCCUGGUAAGGUUUGCGUUUGGAGGGAAUGUUUAUUUUGGACCAUGUUGUGUGCUUUCCUGUUUUUAUUCUUGUUUGCAUUAUUUGGGUGUAUGUGUGUGUGUAUGUGUUGGUUUAUUUUGUAUACACAUCACGAUGGGACCUGGGGUGUGAAAAAUCCUCUAUGUAUUCUUUAAUGUCGUUAAUAGCACAUGACUGUCACUGAAGGAAGAGCAUUAAUGUAUUAAAAAUAGCUGACUGAGAUAUGACGGGACUUUCGUUGAGCCUGUGCUUGCUUAAGCUGUUACAGGAAACGCUCUAAUAAUGAUAAUAAUAAUAAUAAUAUAAUGAUAAUAAUACAUUUUUAAUCCUUUGUUUUCCAUUGUCAGGAGCCAGUUUAAGGUGCAUUCAAAGGCCAGCGUUGAACUGUGAAGUGUUCAAUUUUGCAGUUGAAUGAUCAGAAUACCAGCUCCAGUUUGUCUUCAUCCAACUUCAUUUUCAGUUCUUGUAAAAAUAGGAUGAACUCUUCAAUCCUGUUAGAUUCCGAAGUCUAAUAACCAUAUAUGAAGGAUAAAAAAGACCAAGGGAUUCUAUCAUUGUAGAGUGGAUGUUAUUUAAAUCCAACAAAUCCAUGGUGAAAGCUGUAUUAAAGUCUGUUUAUUUUCUUGUUUUUGUUGCAGAGAGACACUAUAAAACACUAUUUUUAGCGCUGUUAUGGGUAUUUUCUGAAUAUAUUAUUUUAAGGCAAAAAUAUCAACACUGGAGAAAUGUUACCUGACACUGGUGUGGGUUUAAUAAUUACUUCUGAUUAUAUUUUGGGGGAAAAAUACUGUAUCAUGACUGACGUUUGUGAAUGUUUACUCAUUUCUUGUUCUUCUGUAAAACUGACUUGGAUCAGAUGCAUUUUUUCCCCCAACGUUGACAUGCAUCACAUUUGUGUGCCUGUAAACUCUAAGUCAUUUAACUGUUUUGAUACAAGCUGCACAUUCAUAGCUCUGUAAUUAUUUUAUUUUGUCUUUGUUGUUAGAACAUGAAUGAACUUGACCGCUGCUCCCCGCCGUUGCAUUUCCUUUUAUGUCACAUCGUCAAACACUGAAGAAUGUAUUUCUCAAGUCAAUCACAAACGCUUUAUUUAAUUCAACUAUGCCUUUUAUUUCACUCAAGGGAUUUAACAGAUGAAAACUUGGCAGUUCUGUUUCCAAUAAACUGGACAAGCAAACAAA